CGGGGCAGGAGCUGCGCGCAGCGCGCAGGGAACCCGCGGAGCGCUCCUGCUCCGUGCGUCUGCGGGCAGCGCGGCCAGCGCGCCGCCCGGCCCCGCAGCGCGGCCCCGCCGCCAGCACACGCGUGGGGCCGCUCCCCGCCUGCGGCCGGCCCCGCUCUCCCUGCGCGGCGCGGCCGCGGCCGGGGGAAGGCGGCUCCCGCCGGGCCCAGCGCGGCGGCGGAUGGCGGGGGGGCCGCGCCCGGCGGGGGCCGGCGGGGGCGCCCGCUGAGCGGCGGCGGCGGUGCCGAUGCCGGGGGGCCCGGCGCGGCGGGGCGCGCCCGCGGGGCCAUGAGGGCGGUGUCCGGCCAUGGCCCAUGGCAGCGCGGCGGUCAUGCUCAAGUGCGUGGUGGUGGGGGACGGCGCCGUGGGCAAGACGUGCCUGCUGAUGAGCUACGCCAACGACGCCUUCCCCGAGGAGUACGUGCCCACCGUCUUCGACCACUACGCAGUCAGCGUUACCGUCGGGGGCAAGCAGUACCUGCUGGGGCUGUACGACACCGCCGGCCAGGAAGACUAUGAUCGUCUGAGACCUUUAUCUUAUCCUAUGACCGAUGUCUUCCUUAUCUGCUUCUCAGUGGUAAACCCUGCUUCAUUUCAAAAUGUGAAGGAAGAGUGGGUACCGGAGUUGAAGGAAUAUGCACCUAAUGUUCCCUUUUUACUAGUAGGAACACAGAUUGAUCUUCGUGAUGACCCAAAAACUCUGGCAAGACUGAAUGACAUGAAAGAGAAGCCUGUAUCUGUGGAGCAAGGACAGAAGCUGGCUAAAGAGAUAGGAGCCUACUGCUACGUGGAGUGUUCAGCUUUAACACAGAAAGGACUGAAGACCGUUUUUGAUGAAGCUAUUAUAGCCAUUCUAACUCCAAAGAAACACACAGUGAAGAAGAGAAUAGGCUCAAGAUGCAUAAACUGCUGUUUGAUCACGUGAGAUACAUUUGACAAUGGCCAGGCUUACUGUGAAAUUCUACUGAGUUUAAACACAAUGCAUUAAGUACACGGCGAAGUUGUUACAGGUUUGAAAGCUAAAACUAUGGUUCUGCCUUCUACAACCAGUGAAAUCCAGAGGAAUAAAAUCAGACUCAACGAACUUGUAAUAAGAAGCCACGGCAUCUGUUACAAGUAUUUUAUUCAGACUGGAAGGUACAAUCUCUCAGGGUUACAUAGUCUAGAGGAAGCAAAAACUGCACCAUGCUGAAACAGCAUCUAUGUGAUUUUAGCGAGUGGAGAUGCUUGGCCUGAAAUACUCUAAAUGAAUUUGGACAGUCUUCUGCUUUGACUAUACAUAAAUAUAUAUAUCUUAUAAAAACCCCCCAAUUUUUGCACAGUCUGUAUGGAAUCUGCACAAAGAAAUACCUUGUCUCUCUUUGCUCCAGUUAUCUGCUUUUGUAUGUAAGCUGCUUCCGGUUCCAGUAUAGCCACAGAGGUGCAAUAAUCAGACCAGCCACAUAGCCAAAAGUAGCUCCGAAGGAACAGGAAAUGGGCCAUACCUGAGGGGAGAACACAAGGUAAAAGCAGACAAUGAGGAAAAUGUUUGUGGUUUUUUUGUACUCGGUGAGCACAAAAUCUAGGUACUGAAAGACAGUACAGUCUUACUCUAAAGCUUGGCGUGCUUUCCUAAAAAUGCCAAAAGUGUAACAACCAAUCAUCUUCAUGAACACUAAAUGCUGUUGUACAGUUUUUAACUAAUAUGCAUUAAAACGUAACCAGGCUUCUGGCUAUUGCAGAGUUUAGUUCGAUAUCCCCCAAACUAUGUGAAAAUACGUAGAAGUAUUUAUAUUCCCUGAAGUGUUCAGCUAACCUGACUUCCUCUUCUGUGGCGCACAUUUGGAAACCUACAGAUGUCUUGGUGAGUUCUCCUUCCAAUCUCUCAUGGCGUUCUGAAACUUUUAGAGGUGUGUAUAGAUGAACUAAUACUCAAACAGGCCAGAGACUGAGAUGGAUUGAGGGGUUUUCUUUAUGUUUUUUGUCUUGAGAAGUAGGCAAAGAGCUGAAUUUCCCCCUGGCUAGCAACAGGGAGGGAACACAAAUUUGGAAACUCAACAUCUUGCACCCAGUUCAGCAAACAUGUAGUAAGCCAGUUAUGUUCUAGAGCUUAGAAUUAAAGCUCUCUUUUUCCUAGUAUAAGAACAGGGAACUGACUCAAUACAGCUGACUCACUUUCACAAACCAUCUAGUGCAAAGUAAUGGGAUUCUCUCUCCCCGCCCCCCCUUUUUUUUUAACUGGUAUUGAUUUGCAGGAAGGAGUGACCAAAACAAAACUUAACCAAUCUGUCCUCAGAUGUAGCUUAUAUUACCAGUCACCUACAGACUGCAUUUGAUGAAAAUCUCAACUAAGUGAUUAAAAAUAUUUACUGUAGAACAAACUGAAUUCCCACCCCUUUUCAAAAUUCUCCUUGGCAUAUCUUUUUUGCAAGGACAGUUUUGCACUUGUACAGUGCAUAUUCUCGAAGCAAGUGCACACUGCACUCUCCUUUUAACUUUGAAAUAAAGGGGUUAUUUCCACCUUUUAUAGUACCUGCGAGUGAGAAAUGCACUAGACAUUAAAGAAAAUAUCCACAUCUUGGUGUCCAGCCAAGACUGCAAUUCAUGAAUAUCAAAUGACUUAUUUUUAAUGGUACUGGUUCCUCCAUUCAUUUUCCUAGCUCUGAUUCUUCUCUUCAUUAUUGUGGAAAAAUGUAUUUAUUCACAUCCUCUGAUCAUGGGAAUUUUAACUAGGAAUAAGAGUAAUGUAUUUUGUCCUCAGCUGUUUCAUCUUCACAUUCCUUAGCAUUUGCAGUUUUAUAUGUUAUUUGGAGGUCUUAAGGAGUGUAGCAAAGAUGACUAUAAACAAGGUGCCUUAGGUACUCUUUAUUGACCUUGUUUCAUUCUUAUUUCCGGACAUUCUGUCUGUGCUACUUGUUUUUGUUGCUGAAUAUUUUGGCUGUUGCCUCUCAAACCAAAGACUUGCUUGUUUAACAGUGGUAUUGUAGAUCUAUAAAAAGCCUUGAGAUGCUUUGGCAUGGUAAGAUAUUAUGUAUAUUUAAAACUCACAUGAGUUUGUGGCCUUGGCUAAACUUACAUUUCAGGUGGAUCGUUUCAACUUUGAAAUGAAAUGUAAUUAAGUUAUUUCUAGCAUUUUGCAUAUUACACAUGUCUGAAGGGCAAAACAAUAAAAACGUCCAUGCAACCCCCA